UGGUUCGGUUUUGACUGGUCUGAGCCGGUUUAGAGAAACAUAAGUCGGAAAAAGGAGUAAAACCAGAAGGGAAGGUGGAAGUUGAGACAGAGGAGGAGGUUGUCCUUUUGUGUCAACGAACCCUAAAUCCUCUUCUUAGCCUUCCUCCAUCGUCGAAUCUGAUUUUAAAAAAAAAGUAGAGAAACAUUUGGCGGCGCCAAGAUCAUCAUGCUCUUCCAUAGGCUCUCAAGAUUGGGUUUUCGCAUUACCAAAGAGAGGCAUUUCUCAGUAUGUGGGAGUAGGAUUCUACAGAGAUCUUAUGGCCAAUAUCUGCAUUCUUCGGCUGUAACACAGACGCAAACUAGGACUUUUCAGCAAGCCUUUUUCUCAAAUAAUCAUAAUCUGUGUACGUCCUUCAGCACUUCCUCUGAGAAAAGCGGUGAAGAAACAGAAAAGAUAAACGUUAUCUUUGUUGAUAAAGAUGGAGAGGAGAAUCAUAUCAAGGUCCCAGUUGGAAUGAACAUCCUUGAAGCUGCCCAUGAAAACGAUAUAGAACUCGAAGGGGCGUGUGAAUGUUCUCUGGCGUGUUCGACGUGCCAUGUGAUUGUUAUGGACACGGAGUACUACAACAAACUGGAAGAACCAACAGAUGAAGAGAACGAUAUGCUGGAUCUUGCUUUCGCCUUAACAGAAACGUCGAGGUUGGGAUGUCAAGUGAUAGCAAAGCCAGAGAUAGAUGGAAUACGCUUAGCCAUUCCUUCAGCCACCAGGAAUUUCGCAGUUGAUGGGUUUGUUCCAAAACCUCACUAAAGCCAAUUUCAAAGUCUCUCACACCAGACUAUUCUUUUGUUUUCAGUGAGUUGAGCUGAGAGUUAGUUACACUUUUGUUUAUUAUCCGAAAAUACCAUAAUACAUGAUAAAACCUUAAGGAGUUUGUAAUUCAGAAGGUGAGAUUUCACAGUUAUCAAGCAUUAUAAAACUACAAUAAGCUUCAUAAACUUA